ACCACAUCGGUAUGGAAGUCAGUGAGGCCACCGAUCGUCGUCUGCGCCUCUAUUUGUAGAAGAAUACUUUUGACGACACUGUGCAACAAGCUGCAAGGAGUCCCUAAUCUGAAGAAAAAAGGUACCCGGCCGGCCGCAACUCCGCCGUCCGCUCGCCCUCCGGCAGCCUGCUCAUCCUUCCGGGACCUGCUUCUCCGGUUAGCUGCAUGAUCCACAUCUCCAUGGUCUAUUAAUUAAUUGGCGUCUUGGAUUCUCCCCUUUCGGCAUCUCCUGUCAAAGAUGAUGGCAUCUCCUGUCUCCGGCUCCAGACAUAACUCCAUGGGCACCAACGGAGCUACGGAGCCAACCAGUCUUACAGUCAGUGUAUUGCAGAAAAUCACAGAUAAUUUUUCCAAAGAGAGAACACUUGGUAAAGGCGCAUAUGGAAAGGUUUUCAAGGGGGUGCACGACAAUGGAGAAGAGAUUGCUGUGAAGCUGCUUCAUAAUAACAUGCGAGCAAUUGACGAUGAGCAAUUCAAGCAAGAAUUUAAUAACCUUAUGAUGCUCAACCAUCCGAACAUUAUACGGCUAGUUGGCUACUGCUACGAAACACAACAUCAACAUAUGGAAUUCCAAGGGAAAUUAAUUUUUGUUGAGAUGACAUAUAGAGCGCUUUGUUUCGAGUAUAUGCACAAGGGAAGCCUUCAGAAGUAUCUAUCUGAGGAAUCACAAGGACUUGAUUGGGACACACGUUACAAAAUAAUCAAGGGUACUUGCGAGGGCCUAAAAUACCUCCACGAAGGAUCCAAAGAGCCAAUCUACCAUUUGGACCUAAAACCUGACAAUAUACUGCUAGAUGAGAAUAUGGAGCCGAAACUUGCUGAUUUUGGUUUGUCCAAGCUUUUUGGUGAAGAACAAACUAGAAUCACACAGUCUCCCCUAGGAACGUUUGGAUACAUGCCGCCGGAAUACAUAAAUGGAAACAUAGUCUCGAAGAAGUGGGACAUAUUCAGCUUGGGAGUUGUGAUGACAAAGCUAAUUUCAGGGCCGAAAGGCUACUCCAGAAGUUACGAAAUGCCUUACCAAGAAUUUCUUGAUCUAGUACAGGAUAACUGGAGGAGCAGAUUGCAGGCAACAUCGAGUUCGUCCCAGCCACUAGAAGCACACUGUCAGCAAGUGGACAUAUGCACCAAAAUAGCGCUCAGCUGCAUGGAGUCUGAUAGGCACAAAAGGCCCACUAUAUUGGAUAUCAUAGCUAAGCUGAAUGAAACUGAAACUAUGAUUGAUGAGGCGUUGUCAUGGUCUGCAGCUAUGCGUUCAUGGAUGCAGGGAGACUUGGUGAAGUUAGAAGCCUUCACGAAAAGCGAAGCGAUUCCAAGCAAAGAGACGUGCAGUGAGUUCCCUGUGCUGUUGCGGAUCACGGUGACACCAUGGCAUGGCAUGGAAGAGAUGCCACGCGGGGGCGUGGACGUCGUGGUGGUGAUCGAGGUUGACUGGUCCAUGGUGCUUCAGUGGAGGCUGGAUAUCAUCAAGCAGGCCCUGAUGAUCGUCAUCGACAAGCUUGGCCCCAACGAUCGGCUCUCCAUCUUGUCAUUCGAGGGCAAUAUACCCCGCAUUAUGGAGCUCACACUCAUGUCCCGCCAAGGCCAAGAUGCUGCCAAACUCAUUGUCAAUGAGCUGGUGGUCAACCAUGGCUACAAUAUAAUUGCCGCCCUGCGAGAGGGAGCUGAGAUUCUGAGGGGGCGUCAAGCGGAGGAGGGUGACAGCCGUGUGGGCUGCAUCAUGUUGCUGUCGGACAAUAAUGACAUCAAUGGAAUCAAGGACAGGUACGACAAGGAAAUCAGCUCCGAAUUCCCGGCCUAUGUCUUUGGCCUGGGCGAGCUACACCACCCGGAGGUCAUGAAGUACCUAGCCGACAGGACCCACGGCACCUACUCUUUCGUCCACUACGACAUCAACGCCAUGAAGGAUGCCUUCGAGCUGUUCAUCAGUGGCCUCACAACGGUCGCCGCAACGGCCGUCAAGAUCACCCUCAAGGCCCACGAGGGUGUCUUCAUAUCAUCCAUCUACACCGGCGGAUACCACCAAUCUGUGAGCUCUGACAAACGAUCCGGCGAGAUACAUGUCGAGAGCAUGUACGCCGGCGAGCGGAAGAACUUCAUCGCCUACCUUAAAGUCGCCGACGGCGACAAGAAGAGGCUACUGACCGUUGGCGGCCGGUACCGGACCUUAAUGGCCAAGAAGAAGCUGGCUGACACGGACGUCUCCGUGCUGCGACCAGGUUCGGCAUGCUCACCUGCCGAGAUGGCCAUCCACCCUGAGGUGGCGGCGGAGCUCGUGCGGAUCCGGCUUCGGAAAGGCGUGGUCACGAUGAGUCGAAACCCUGAUGCCCUAGAACAGCUAUGGGCCCGCGUCAAGUGCUCCGAGGAGGGCGGAGGCGCACCCGAGGAAACCUUGUCGGCGCUCGGCAAUGACGUGGCUGAAAUUAAGAGAGUCAUCACGCACAACAGGUCGCCUCCUUACAUGAUGUCAUGGCUGACUGCUAGUGCAUGGCAGCGCGCAACCACCAAGGGCGCACGCUGCGUCUCCGGCGCUUUCACCGUGCCGGGGCAGCAGAAAGAUGCAGACGCGAAGGACAAUGGCCGCAAGUAAAGUAAAAAAAUGCCCCACGGCCCAUGUUCUCCUCUGUAUUUUCAUACUAGUAGAACGUCUGUGUGUUAUACAGGCUAUAAUACAGGCUAUAAUACAUGCAUAUAAAUGAAUAAAAUAAAUAUUAAGAUAGUUUUUAAGUCGAUGCU